GUUUCAUUAUUAACUCAAUUGUGAAUGUAAAUGUACAAUUGUAUUUUACACAAAUAAUAUAAAUAAUUCAAAUAAUGUCUAUUGAUUUAUAUUAUAACAAGUUUAGCGGUCCGUCGAGGGCUGCGUUGAUGACAGUCCGGCAGUUAAACAUUGACAUUAAUCUUAAACAACUGGAUUUGAGUGCUGGCGAACACAUGACACCCGAAUACCUCGCUAUAAACCCUAACCAUAAAGUUCCCACUUUGGUUGACGGCGAGUUUGUCCUAUGGGAGAGUCGGGCAAUAAUGCAAUACCUGUGCAACCGAUACGCGCCGGACAGCACUCUCUACCCGAAGGACCCUAAAAAGCGCGCUCUAGUGGACCGGUCUCUUAACUUUGACUUUUCAUUCUUAGCUCAACUCUCAGAAGUGAUGGCAGCUAAAAUUAUACUGGGAAUUGAGCCACCAGCCGAUAAAGUUACCGCGGUGAAUGGCAGUUUCAAAUUACUUGAUCAACUAAUUGGGGACAAUCGGUAUAUAACUGGUGACAAUUUGACCAUUGCUGAUUUGUCACUAGUGACCAUCACUCCCUAUUUGGAGCAAGGUGGCAUUGAUUUAAACCUGUACCCAAACGUACAGCGCUGGGCUGACACACUUCGAGAUGAGUUACCUUAUUAUGAAGAGAUUAAUAUUAUAUCGCAGGCCGAGUGGGACACUCAAGUGGAAAAGUAUCGUGCUAUAAUGGGAGCCAAACCUGAAUAA